GCAUUUGAACACACCGCCAGCUUGCUCCCUCAGCGGUAGAUUUGGAUUGGACCGGCUAACCGUUAGCAGAAAAAUGGGAGACGACUUGGGUGACGAGUGGUGGGACCACGAGGGUAAUUCAGAUGCAUCUGAACGGGAGGAGGAGAAACAUGAAGAACAACCGUCAGAAAACACAGACGUAAAGACCAAACCACAGAAGAGGAAGAAUACAGGAACAGAAAAAACAGUCAAGGCAAAGAAGAAGAAAAAGAAUGAACAGAAAGAGUUAAUUGUCCCUCAGAAGAAAGAGCCCGAGGAUGAAAAGGCACCCAAAGUCAAAAGAAAGCGGAAGAAGAAGACAAUUACAGAUGUCUUGUCCACUUCGGAGCCAAAGCCAGGCUGCCCCGCAGACCUGCAGAACCUGAUCACGCAGUAUUUCUCCGACAAACGCUCUGUGAUCGAGCAGGAGGAGCUCAAACUGCACGACUCCUGCUUCCUGUCCAGCAAUGACUUGACACACAGCCUGUCCUCGUAUCUCAAACAAGUUUGUCCCAAGUGGGCGAAGGUUCAGAAACAGCACACAGAGAAGAGCUCUGUGGUUCUGCUCAUCGUUUGCAGCUCUGCUCUGCGAACCAUCGAGCUCAUCAAGCAGCUGACAACCUUCAAGGGCGAAGCCAAGGCACUAAAGCUUUUUGCGAAACACAUCAAGGUGGAGGAGCAGAUGAAGCUGCUGCAGAAGGGAGUCACACACAUUGGAGUAGGGACCCCUGGAAGGAUCAGCGCCUUAGUUGAGAAAGAUGGUUUGAACCUGCAGGCCUUAAGAUACGUGGUUCUUGACUGGAACUGGAGGGACCAGAAACUGCGGAGGAUGGUGGACAUUCCUGAGAUCAAACUGGACUUCAUGAAGCUGCUGGAGAACGGGAUCCUGAGUGGGUGUAAAAAAGAAAAAGUUAAAAUUGGACUGUUUUAACUGACAGUGGGAAGUUUGCCGUGCGCUGAUACAUACAAACCGAUGGUCCUCACAACAUGUUGCAACAUCCUCUUCCUGUUUGUUUUCCCUCUCUGCAUUGUUCUUUUGACUAUUUUCUAAACUAGUGUUGAGUGUGUGCUGUUGUUUGUUCGCUCUUGAAGCCGCUGUGAUGCGCUGUGAUGGAUUGAAUAAACAGGACUCAUAAUGAAA